CCGGCAAUGUAACUAUCAAUGUGGCCAGAAACUGCUAUAAAAUGGCUUAAGCAGCAACACUGGCUCGAAAUGCAGCUCGAACAGCGCUAAAAUAGUGAAAAAAAAAAUAGUUUAUCCAACACUCCAGCGCCGAGCGGUUAAUAAGAAAACACACACGAAUUAAAUGUUUCGCGCUAUCGCCAAGGGAGCUAAGAAGCAGCAUCCGCUCCCCAGACUCGCCAGUUCCCGCUCCCACUGCCGCUCCUCCGUCUACUCCUCAGCCUGAUCCUCAACCACGUCCUCCUCCUCCUAGUCCCCUCCUGGUUGCCCUGCUCCGGCCAACGAUGACGGAUGGCGAACAGCAGGAGGCACUGGUCAAGCGGGCCGAGGACGAGCGGGAGGGCAUCUUUCGCCGCUACGAGCUUGGCCUGGACCCCACCAACAAGGUGGACUCCUGGGAGAAUCCCACCUUCGAGAUCUACCACAUAACAGACAAAUAUGGCUUCAUGCACGACUCCCGCCUGCCGGAAACCCGCGACGCUCAGGAGGUGCAUCGCACCAAAAUCGAAGUGGAACGGGUUAAGAAAUGGGUAAAGAUGCUGGAAACAUGGCCACCGCCGCCGGACAAGCUACACAAGCGCAUAUACAAAGGGAUACCCGAUCGGAUGCGCUGGCCGGCUUGGCUAAGAUUGCUCAAUGUGGAACAGUCGAUCGAGAAUAACAAAAAUGUGUACAACCGCAUGCUGACGCUGGCCAAGAAGUACUCGACGGAGACGCGACAGAUCGAUGCCGACGUUAACCGGCAGUUUCGGGACAAUCUUGCCUACCGGGAGCGCUACAGCGUGAAGCAGUGUUCACUUUUCAAUGUGCUCAACGCCUACAGUAUCUACAACUCGGAGCUGGGAUACUGCCAAGGUAUGGCCUGUGUCGCCGGCGUCCUGCUGCUCUACAUGCAGGAGGAGCAGGCCUUCUGGGCGCUAAACACGCUAAUUACGGACCAAAAAUACGGAAUGCACGGGCUGUUCAUUGAAGGCUUUCCCAAGCUGACGCGCUUCAUCGACCACCACGAUCGCAUACUGUCCAAAAUAAUGCGCAAACUCCACAAGCACUUUACCAAACACAACGUCGACGCACUGCUCUACGCCAUCAAGUGGUUUUUUGUGGUCUUCGUCGAACGAGUUCCCUUUAGCCUUAGUCUGCGUGUGUGGGACAUAUUUCUAUUGGAUGGCGAUAAGGUUAUACUCUCCAUGGCCAUCACGAUCCUCUAUCUCCACAAGGAUGAGCUGCUGCAUCUCAAAGACAUGGACGCCAUCAUCGAGUACUUGCAAGUGAAGUUGCACAAGAACUUUGGCUACAACGACGACGACGCCAUCCAGGCCCUGGAACGCGUCAUGAAAAAGCUGAAGGAUCUGAAGCUGGACGUCCCACCGCCAGCCAAGUCAAAUGAGUUUCCCACGCGCACCCUGGGCGACUUUGUGGAGGCUGACAUGGAGAAGAAGAUCGGUCGGAGGCGCAACGAUUACACGGAUACCGAAAAGCAAGUCAUAACAGAUGUGAUAUCAAGACAAGAACAAAACGCGAUUGAGGUACAAUCGACAGUGUCCUACGAGACUUCGGAAUGCGCCACGGUUACGCUUACUGUUCCCGAGGACUCGCACUCAAUACGAAGUUCGCUUGCAGGUACUUCAGUUGCCUCGCACGGCUCGUCGGAGACCAUGUCGCUGGAGGACAAUAAUAUUCACCUGAAAACCGCCAACAUGCUACAGAACACUCCGCAGCGGGAAAUGCUGCUGGGCACCUGACGUCAACUGCCGCCUGCGACUUCCACGCCGCAGGCAGCUGCAGAAAACCGCCACACACACACCACAGGAUCAGUCACACACACAGCCACCACUAGCCCCGCAGCGGACACGGGAAGAGCUGCAGGAACUAGUCCCAGAACUUUGGGAGUCAGCCCGAAUUCUUCGCCAAGAUCCACACCCACACCGCCGCCAGUGCCACCAAGAUCGCCCCUGUCGCUGGGAUGACUGGCAAAGCAAAAGUCGGCGGCGGCCAACCAGAGCGGAGUCACCUAGUUCUUGGUCAGCGCCGUCGCCGACUAUCUUUGUAGCUCUACCACCGCUGAAGCCACUAGGAAUACUUGUCUAGUACACCUUUAGAAGCAGCCUGGCAUCAAGUUUCCAAGAACCUAGAGCUAACACCUUUGUACAUACUAAAUGCUUCUGAAGAACAGUGGAAUCAGUUUCUGGGAUAGAUGCGCCAAAUUAAAUUUACAACAGUUACGAGUUAAACAAUUGAUGAAAAGCAAUCGAGAAUUAAAUACGCUAAAUGCUAAAGGAACAAUAUUUAAGCAAGAGCAAAUCGUAUCUAAUACAACUACAAAUCGGUUAGAAAUCUAUUAAUUGCAUAAUUGAAUUAAACCUAAACCCAAACAAAUAUAUAUAUUAUAGAAAUUGUUGUAAAUUUGUACUUGUAUAUACGUACCGAACAAAAUACAAAGCAACGUUAAAAAGUUACGUCCAUUGAAUGAAAUCGAAUGUAAAGAGCGAAAGCAUACAACCAAAAAUAUUAUUUGAAAGCUAUAGGCAGCAGUAUGAAUUAAUUACGCUAGAUAUUAUGUAUAUGUAUAGUUAUAACACAGCAUAGCAGUACGCGGCAAGACAAACAACUGACAAGUUAAACGAGUAUUUAUAAUUCAUUUCAUUAUGGACCUUCACACAAACCAGAAUCAUUAGUUUAAGUUACUCAGAAAAAGGAAUUAUGUUUAUUUAAGUUUAAUUUAUGUUCAAGCAAGUUUCAAAUAAAACUGUCAACUCAAUCUAAA